AUGUUUGCUAAGAUUCUCUGCAUCUCGCUUCUAGCAGCGACCCUACCAGUUCUGAGUGUAUCUCACAACGCGCGUCAUGUUAAUCGUCAUUCGGAUCUAGCAAAACGUGCCGACAGCGAUAUUCAAGUCUUUAAACGCUUUGCAGGAUCUCACUGGACCUACUACGAUGUUGAAGAAACUGGUAAUGCAGGGUCGUGUGGAAAGCAUCAUGUUAAUACUGAUUUUACUGUCGCGAUGAACGCUGCUCAAAUGAAUCCUGGGUGGUGCUUUAAAACGAUUGUGUUGACGUUAGGUUCAAAGAGUACAACAGCUACAAUCAGCGACACGUGUCCAGGCUGUCCGUAUGGUGGACUUGAUCUGACUGAAGGCCUCUUUGCUUUCUUCCUUGGGAGAUGGCCCGAAGGCGGAGGUGUUUUUACUGGUGACUGGGAGUUCACGGAUGCAAUUCCUGCUAAGCCUGUUUCACCGCCAAUCACCACAAGUAAACCAACUGUCACUCCCAAGCCCGCACCUGCCAGUAUCACCACCACCAGCAAGCACAGCAGCACGACUACGAGCAGAAAAUUCUCUUCCAGCUCGAUCUUGUCAUUCUCAAACAAAGUGUCCUCAAUUUCUUCCAUCUCAAGCACCAGUCCCGUCAGUCCAACCUCAUCUAUCAAUUAUCUGACUGGUGCCGCGAGUGGUCUUGCUAUUCCUACGGGCACGAUUGAUCGCACUGGAUCUACACCCUCGAAUUUACAGGAUUUAAAUGAGCUUUUUGUCCAGCUUGGUGGUUUGGCUAUGGUCGCGGCGAGUCUCUGA